GUUACCACUAGUAGCCAGUAGGCCAGGGCCAACCGCUCCCGUCGAUCGAUCCGUCAGCCCCAUCAUUAUCUGAUUGCCGCCGCCGCUUGCCGCCCAUCCAGCUCACACUGACCGCUGCGUCUCACUCUCUCCUUCCUCUCCCUACUUAGCUAGCUACGAGUAGCUCGAUCGGUUAGAGCUAAUCACCACGCCCGCAGCUCCUUUUAAGCGACGGCCGGGGCAUGCGCUGCUCUGCUCGCACCGCAAAGGAUGGCUCCAGCUUCCGCCUCUCUCCUCCCCGCCGCCAGCUCCAACGCCGGCACCAAGCGCCCUUUCGCUGCGGAAGCCUCCGACGCUACUGAGCUUCCACUGGCACUCCCGCAGGUCCAGGAGAGCGCGGCGGGCAAGAAGAACGGCAACGGCCAGAGCCCGCAGCAGCAGGCGAAGCUGGAGUGCCCGCGGUGCAGCUCCACCGACACCAAGUUCUGCUACUACAACAACUACAGCACCACGCAGCCGCGCCACUACUGCCGCACCUGCCGCCGCUACUGGACGCAUGGCGGCACGCUCCGCAACGUCCCAGUCGGCGGGGCAUGCCGCCGCGGCGGCAGCAGCAAGCGCCGCAGGCCCUCCGCCGAGCCCCAGACGACCUCCUCUGACUCGCCGCAGCCGAACCUGGAGGAGACGCGCGCUCUCUCAGACCAUCCGCUCCCAGUCUUCCCAUUCCUCACCGACGGCGGCCCCGUCUUCCUGCCGCAGUUCGAUCUCGGGCUCGGCGGGUUCCCCUGGACACCAGCGACCACAGACCGCCUCUACGGCGGGCUCGCGGCGCCGUGGGGUGGCUGCGACGGGGCGCUCGCCCCCACCGGCGCGACGGGAGCGUGGGACGACUUCGGCGGCCUGGAGCUCACCUGGCCCCCGGCGGCCGGCAACUGAUGAUCGGCGUCGUCAUGUCAGUCAGCGUGUCGCCGGCGCGUUCGAGGCUCCUGUUUUAUGAUCGCAGCCUCGAUCGAGGCUAAUUUGCACGGGAAAUUGUACGUCUCCUGUGUCAAACCAGACAUCCUUGACCACACUAGUGAUCUGAUUACGUAGCUCGAUCCAUUUCAGGUUAUAUUUGCAUGUAUGGAUGUGGCUAGCAAGCGUCUGAGUAACCAGGCUCGCUGUUAAGUACUUUUCCUCCUGGUUUUGGUGCUCUAGGUAAACCUCAGUAAGGGAAUAGUAAUGCGUGCAACUUGAGUCUAGCCAUGUUAGUAAUUAGUCAAAGCAAUGGCGUUUUCUUCUUCAAA